ACGAGUCACAAAAGGCCCAAGCAUUCUUCCAUCAGGUUAUGACGGAAACAAAUACGCUUGUAAAUUGGCCUGCUCGUCUUAAAAUUGGAGCUAGAUCUAAGAAAGAUCCCCACGUUCGUGUAGCAGGAUUACCCGACAAUGUUAAGUUGGCUCGAGAGAAGAUUAUGCAGUUGCUGGACACAAGGAGUAACCGCGUCACCAUGAAGAUCGAUGUUAGUUACACUGACCAUUCUCACAUCAUCGGGAAAGGCGGUCUGACGAUCAAACGCGUGAUGGAAGAGACCGGGUGCCACAUCCACUUCCCGGACUCCAACCGCACCAGCACCAUUGAGAAGAGCAACCAGGUCUCCAUCGCCGGGGACAUGGAGCGCGUCGAGAGGGCCAGGGCGCGAGUCAGGGCAUUGACCCCUCUCGUGUUCUGCUUCGAGCUACCAAUCGUGUCGCCGUCUCAGCCGCUGCCAGACAUCAACUCUCCGUACGUACAGCAGGUCCAGAAGCAGUAUAAUGUGCAGGUGAUGCUACGCAAUCGUCCGAAGCUCCACGCCAAUUUGUUGGUAGUGAAGGGCGUCCAAUGGGAGGUGCAGGCUACUAUGGAGGCCACCAGCUUACUCAUGAAUUAUAUGUGCGGCCCUCUAGCGAGCCAAACCCACGUGCAGAUGUCUCUGGAGAUCUCCCCGAUGCACCACGCCGUGGUGGUGGGGAGGGGCGCUGAACAGCUGAAGAUUAUCAUGAAGGGAACUAACACACAGAUCAUGUUACCCGAUGCGGACGACCCCAACAUCCCGGCCAUCAAGAAGAGCUGCGUUACCAUCACCGGGAACAUUAAAGACGUUUACACAGCGCGCCAGCAGUUAGUGGGCAGCCUCCCCCUCGUAGUGAUCUUUGAUGUGCCCGAAACGCCCGAGGACACGUACCGCAUCGAAAACGACACAGCCACCAAACUGAUGCACAAGCACAACGUGUACAUCAACAUACGUCGUAAACCCAAGCAAGGGAUCACAUCUGUCGUCAUUAAAGGGAUUGAGAGAUGCGCUGGCGACAUUUACGAAGCCCGCCGCGAACUCCUCGGCGGCGAAGGCUCCCCGAUAACAGCGGAGAUCCCGGAGUCCUACAACAUCCCUUCCAUCUCCAACAACUCGAUGCCCAACUUCGGCCUGUUCAACCCGUUCAGCCCCACACACGCCGCCAACAUCAACAACUCGCCUUGUUCGCCAUACAAUAUGCAGCUCAAUGAUAUAGGCGAGGAGCUAAUGAUGUGCCGGCCGGCGUCGUACGGGCUCGGCAGCCCCGCGUUCGCGGGCCCGCUGUCGCCGCCCGCCGCCGCCUGGCCCGCGCCCUCCCCGCAGCCGCGCCUGCAGCACCUGCACUACCCGCCCGCCGCCAGCCCCGCGCGGCUGUACCAGCAGGCGGCCUGGCCCCCGAUGACGGCCACUGCAGACAUGGGCGGAAUGCAGCAGCCAGUCAUGAUGCAGCAGUACCAGAUGCCGGCCGAAAACCGACCUACCACACUAAGCCAACUGCUGAACUCCAGCUCGCAGGCGAGCAGUGGUUACCAAAGCAACUUCACGGGCAGCAGCGUGUCCCUCGACGCUCAGAACUUGUCGGGCGGCGAUGGCAGCGUGGUGACGCCAUCAGUGUCUCCGAUCAGCAAGACUCACUCGCCCGCGCCCUCCGCAGACACGGAGCGUGACCAACACGAAAUCACGGAGCUAGCGAAUAUAAUAUCAGACUUGCCGCUGUCGGAGCGGCGCGCGGUCGGAUGUGAGAAGAAGACGCUGGAAACUCUGAACAAGAUGUCGCCGAUCUCAGACUAUAGGAAGAUGAAGGCCGAAGCUAGCAAGGCAAUGCGUGAAUGCGGCAGCGGCUACCGCGUGCCAACCACGCGUUGGUCAGGGUACUACUUCAGCCACACCUCACCUUCGCCCAUAAACCUCAACGAGACUGAAGAGGUCACAACUCCCGAGAAAGCUUGGAGUAGACCGGAUCUAGUUCGGCCGAACAUCGUGGAGACGUGCCCGACGCCGCCGCAAACCAAACAAUGCCGGUACCAGCAGCUAUACGAUCUUCUGAGAGAUAUUGGCCUACAUAAGUAUAUCGACCUAUUCCGUCAACACGAACUGGACAUGUCUACGUUCGCGUCCCUGAACGAGGCAGACCUCACCGAGAUCGGGGUCACCGCUUUCGGCGCUCGUCGCAAGAUGCUGCUCGUCAUCGCUGAGCUGCAAAAACAGUCGAGCAACUACAAACCCUCGGCUGGAACCGAACGGAAACUAAUCAAUUCGCCGCCGUUCAACACUGCCACGCUGACGCAGGACAAGUGGUAACGCGUCCAUUUGAUACCUAGUACUGUUACUUCACUGCAAUAAUGAGCAUUUUUAAAUAAUAUUCUUCAACAUCUUCUCUUUCUUUACCAUUGUCUAUCAAAUAUUUCUAUGAAAUUAAGCAGACCUUCUUCAUGAAAGAAAUAUCUGUUAAUAUUAAUGAAUUCAGUUCAAAAUGUUUAGUAUAGUGACAUGACGUCAAUGUUUCAUUAUUUUUUGUACUGAACUAAAUACUUACUUAAUGACAUUUUGAUGAUAUCAUAUACGUAUAAUCUAUUGGAUGUUUCUCCAUAGAUGGUUCUGAAGUGAAGUUUUUGAUAUCAAAUAUUAUAUUGACCUCUUUUCAAUGUACUAUACUCCCCUACAAAAUUGUGUAGAGUACGUGGGGGUUUCCCCUUUUUUAAUCUUCUAUUACUUCACCGAUGAUACAUUUGCAGUGAUCUACAGUACGCUAGGUUUGUACUUGAUUAUUGAAUGAUGGAAUUAACAAAUUAAAAUUGUGACUCGUUAUAUCCAAGUCGUAUACGCAUAAUCAAGUAUACAAUUCGAGCAGUCGACCGAAUCAGACUUUAUCAAGCUCCCGGCUGACACUGACUGAGGAGAGACAAGACUUAUUUAAAUAAUUAUUGUAUUUCUCUCUAUACGGGUCAUUAAAUGUUAGAUAUAUAUAAGUAUCACGCAUUCGAUCACAGGUCUUUAUGAUAAGUUUUUUUUUAUAUAGAUAUACAUAUAAACUAUGAUGAUCGUAAAGAACUCUGAUUGUAACCCGUGAUGAUCGUAAGUAUGAGCUUGAUCGCAUUAGUGAUUCGUUGAUUUUAUGAGAUUUUUAUGGAAACUAGUUCGUAAGUUAUUUUUGUUUUUGAUAUUUUAUGAUAGCUGAAAGCGAUGCGACGAUUUGAUCUCUAUCACAGACAAUUGUUGAAGUGAACGGGCGUGGCACCGUUUCUUAAUUUAAGCGUUUCACCAUGGAAUUAAACUAGUUUUAAGAAGAGCAUGUUUUAUUUUUUGAUUUUUGAUACAUUUUAAACGAAUCUACAUCAACCGACUAUUUUGAUUAUCAUUUAUUUGGCUCACCGUUUUACUAUUUGAUUUAUAAAUUGCAAAAUGUCUGGUACAUUACAUUUUUAUGCUGUAUCCGCCAAUUGAUACAUUCCUUUUGAUGACAUAUUUCAAGAAUAUGAUUAUAAAGGAAGGAUCUUUAUUGGCAAUUGACAAAUUCCCAUUAAAAUCGUAACAUCAAAGUAUUUGCUAAAGUUUGGACAGCGUGGAAAUAAUUUGACUUGAUAUUAAAGACGACGAAUCAUUUAAGAUACUCAGCGAUCCCCGCCAAUCGUCCGGGGCCGGGGAUUUGUUACACAGCUGCAAAUUUUAAUCAGUUAACAUUUUAUAUUUAUCACCAAUCAUUAUGUUUUUGUGAUUAUGAAUUUAGGUUUUACUUCGUGUGCAUUUUUGAUUUUAACCAUAUUAACAUGCUAAUUUAUUAUGAAUGCCUUGAUGUAUUGUUUUAAAUUCAUGUAUUUGUGUUAGGUAUUUUUAUGGUAAACUUUUGGUACAUAAUGAUUAUGAUUGUAAUUUCUGCUGCUAAACAAAUAUUCCUAAGUCUCAUCUGGCUCACCAUAGGAUUAUGUAUCAAUUUGUUUACUUUAUUCUUCUUCAUUAGGAUCAGAAAUGUAAUUGUUUUAAUCAUGAACUUGUGAUUUUGAUCUUUUUAAAGUAUGAUUAUGAGCUGCUUAGACUUUCUUUUUAGUGAUUAUGAAAUAUUACUUAACUGUUAAAAUUAAUUUGAUAAGUUAAAGAGUACAUUAUUAUUAUGUUUAAGUAUGCAUUACCAUUUCUGUUUUUAUUUCUAAAAAAGUUUUAUAAAGAAGUUUU